AUGGCCACGUACAUCCAUCUUACAGAAGACGGACCAAGUGCCACCGCGGAUGCACACCUCGAAGACACAGAAACCGUCUUCUGGUCUAAUCUAGAAGGUGGCUUGAGUCUCCUCGCUGUCAACCUCCCAUCCCUGUGGGCCAUCAUCGGCAAAAUGUCGUCCCCGGCGUCGCAACUGGUAGCCAGCAUCCGCAGUGCUCUUUCAUUACGCUCGUUCGGCAGCGGUUCACAUCACUCCUCGAACUCGAGAACCCGCAAAGCUACUCGUGGAGCUAUUGGUGGCGGAGGUGUUGUUGAUGGCGCCAAUAAACAUUCGGAUGAAUCGCAGGUCCGGAUUCAUGAGACGAUUGAGGGACAAAGUACUGAAUGGCAUCGUCUGAGGCAAAUUGACAGUCAAGAGACUGAUGUGAAUGCCCCUCGAGUCAGCAAUGGCACGGACUACGAUGCGGAAAGGGCCGAUAACCACAGCAGUAUGGUAUGA